CUGCUUUUGAGGCAAUCACUGUUAUGCCUUCUGGAAUAUGGGCUUUAACUCUUUUGCCUGGCCGGAAAUACGUCCAGACAGUUGAUGCAUCCUUCCGACUAACCCAGGCUUGUUUAUUGGAAGAACCUGAAGAAGGAAGGACGUGUGUCAAGGCAACGGUGGAUGGUCAAGAUUUUGUUUUGUGUUCCUUGAACAUGAAAACGAUGGACUCGCAGUUGUUAGAUGUAUGCUUUUAUGAAGGGAAUUCUGUUGCGUUUUCUGCUUCUGGUGUCAAUACGAUAUCUUUGACAGGUCACUAUAUGCCGGGUCAGCCAAGUUUGAUUGAGGAAACAUUCAACAUGCUCGAAGACCAGGAUCCGAUGGAUCAGGAAUAUUUGGACGGGUUUGGUAUGCACCAUUUCGGAAUAGGUCCGACCGAUGCCGAGGACAAGAAUCUAAGAGAAGAGGAAUCUUCAGAAUUGGAAAAGACGGAAAACGACCAGUUACUACGAGGUCUAAUAAAUUCGAUGAUUAAUAGCGGUGAUGAGACGUUAAUGAAUCGAGGAUACAAGGCUUUAGCACAAAUUGCAGCGAAAACAAACGGGUCAAAAAUGGCGAAACCUAACAAUGCGAAUGGAAAAGCGACCGCUAAAUCGCGACGAUGACUAAUCUGAACAGUUGAGGCGGCUAAGUUAUGAACAUCCUGUAUAUAGACUGACAGAACAGAAUGGUUUUGUUUGACAGCCAGUGGCUCCUGGUUUGCAUUAUGACAGUAUACUGUCAAGCCAUUGUUAUCACAGAUUGGAGCAGCAAAUAUGUAGCGGCUGGGUGUUACUGUCAAAUUACAUAAAGUUCUUUCGUAAAACUACAUCUUGAA